AUUUUUUUAUAAAAUAAUGACAUCAGUAAACAAUACUAGUACUAAACAGCUAACUGUCCUGGUGACACCGGGUGUGUUUGUCGGUCCGCUAAUGUCGGCCAUCGGUAUCGGCGAAGUGUUGCGCGACAGUGGCCGCUAUCGGGUAAUAUUUGCCGUUAAGGCCGACUGGCGGGACAAACUGGUCAAUUUGAAUUUUGAAGUAGAACUGAUUGGUGGGGAACAGGUAGAUAAAGAUAGUGUAAAAGCCAAUGUCGAGUCGGCACAGUUGCUUAUUGGCAAUGAAAGUCUAUUGGAUAAAGCAAUGAAAACGUUUGACGUUUUGAAAGGAUGGAUACCUGAACUGGAAGUUAAUGAGCCCUACUAUAGGGAUAUUAUUGAUCGGGUCGGACCCGAUUGUAUACUAUGCGAACAUUUUACAAUGUCGCCAUCGAUUAUCAACUCCCGGUGCCCGACAGUGUUUUUUCAUACAAACAAUGCAUUGUCAAUGGAUAUGCUUAUCGAUGAUCCUCGAUUGCCGCCAUCACAAUUAGGACUGUCACUUAAUAGUGAUAAACAAUUGUGGAAAGAGUAUAGAAAUCAACUGAAUCAAGCAAAACAAAAAUCGUUAACUGAGUGGCACAGUUGGCUUCAAUCGCAUGGAUGUCCGCCAAUGAAAGAAACACAAAUUUUCUAUCCGUCUCCCUAUGCUAACCUGUAUUUGGCACCUAAAGAGCUCGACUACACCGAUAUUAGGCCAUUGCCCGACAAUUACUAUCAGUUUGACUAUUUUAAGCGCACAGCCAAUGAUGAUAUGUUUGAACUACCGGAGCAAUUGAAACAUAAAUCAGGAAAAUUAGUUUACCUGUCGUUGGGAUCGAUAGGCAGUUCAGACGUUGAUCUAAUGAAACGUUUGGUCGGUAUGUUAGCCAACUCAGAGCACCGGUUUAUUGUAUCGAAAGGUGUCAAUCAUGACAAGUAUGAGUUGGUGGACAACAUGUGGGGCGAGAGAUUUGUCCCGCAGAUAAAGGUGUUACCAAUAGUCGAUCUAUUCAUAACACACGGCGGCAAUAACUCUACCACCGAAUCCAUGUAUUUCGGUAAACCUAUGAUAGUGUGUCCGAUAUUUGUGGAUCAGUUCGAUAACGCACAGAUAGUCGAGGACAGGGGUUACGGUAUACGACUCAAUCCAUACGAGUGCUCUGAACAACAAUUAUUGCAAUCAAUUAAUAAGUUAUUAAAUGACACAAAAUUAGCCGAAAAGUUGGCAAAAGCAUCAAAAAGAAUACAAACUGAUAAACAAAUUGAAAAAAUACCGGAACUUAUUGAUAGAUUAGUCAAAAAUAUUUAA